AUGGCGGUUCGAGAGACGUCAUCUGCCCAGCCAACAUGGCUCGAUAGCGGUACCAUGAAUCCUCAACACCCCACAGAAGAAAAUAAAUUCAACACGACAGAUAGUGGCCCGGAUGAUGCUGAAAUCAGCAAUCAAGUCGACACGUUGGCUAGACAAAUAUCCAGAGCCUCUAAUACAAUCAUCCAACAAAUGCACGAAUUGACACCCGGUUCCGGGUCUCGUCUCGACCCUGCAUCGGUAUCUUUUGACGGCAGGGCCUGGGUCAAGGCUUUCCUUCAACUCGCACAGUCAGACCCCCAGGCUGCCCCGAUGCGAGUCCUUGGUGUUGCUUUCAGGUCCCUGAAUGUCUUUGGCUGGAGCACCGGCACCGAAAGUCAGAUGACGGUCACCACCCGCAUCACAAGCUUGUUUCAGUCAAUUGCUCAGUUGGCAACGGGAAAUAAGCAAAAACGCCGAAUCGACAUUCUUCGUGACUUCGAAGGUGUUGUGGCUGAAGGAGAGCUUCUACUUGUCCUAGGACCUCCAGGUUCGGGCUGUUCGACUCUUCUGAAAACGCUGGCUGGCGAAACCUCUGGGCUCCAAGUCGCCCCUGAAUCUUAUCUCAACUUCCGCGGCAUUCCCUCCCAAAAAAUUCGAUCGUCCCUUCGAGGCGACGUGCUCUACAACGCCGAGGUCGACACCCACCUCGCGCACCUGACAGUUGGCGAAACUCUCUCCUUCGCUGCUCGUGCACGAUCGGUUCGCAAUGUUCCUAGCGGACUUUCAAGGGCACAAGCUGAUGGCAUGAUUCGCGAUGUCAUCAUGGCCGUCUUUGGUAUCGGCCAUACCAUUAACAUUCGCGUAGGCAACGACUUCGUACGCGGCGUCAGCGGAGGUGAGCGUAAGAGGGUUAGUAUCGCCGAGGCGGCGCUCACCGGGGCCAAGUUCCAGUGCUGGGAUAACUCCACGCGAGGAUUGGAUAGUGCGAAUGCGGUAACGUUCUGCCGCAACUUGAGGGUGCAAUCUGAUCUUUUGGGUGUUGCGGCUGCUGUGGCCAUCUACCAGGCCCCGCAGUCGGCCUACGAUCUGUUCCACCGCGUCACUGUAUUGUACGAAGGGAGGCAGAUUUUCUUUGGAAAGAUCGAAGAGGCGAAAUCUUACUUUGAAGACUUAGGAUUUGAGUCGAGCGACGAGCUAGACCCGGAUACGAGGACCAGGUCCCUCGCACGCCCGACGAGUUUGCUCAGCGUUGGAAGUCGAGCCGUCAACGACAAUCUCUGCUCCAGGAGAUUGAUGGCUAUGAAAGAUUACAUCCGACAGAGGAGAGGUUUGCGGAGUACGAAGCUUCGCGCCGCGCCGAGCAAGCCCGUUCCCAGCGUCCCGGUUCACCCUAUACGAUUUCCUAUCGGCAACAGGGUCGAACUGACCCUGUGGCGCGGCUGGAGAAGACUUCUUGCCGAUCCAUAUUUCACCAUCGCCCAGUUACUUUUCAACCUCAUCAUGGCGCUCAUCCUUGGCAGCAUGUUCUUCAACCUCAAGGAAGAUACAUCGAGCUUUUACUAUCGAGGCGGCAUCAUUUUCUUUGCCCUGCUUCUGAACGCCUUUGCAAGCCAGCUUGAAGUGCUCACUGUUUACGAAGAGCGUCCCAUCGUCGAGAAACAUAACCGCUACGCCUUCUACCAUCAGUCAACACAAGCUAUUGCUAGCUACCUCAUGGAUCUCCCCUACAAGAUGGUAAACAUGUUUAUAUUCAACCUCAUCGUUUACUUCAUGGCCAAUCUUCGUCGGGAGCCCGGUCCGUUUUUCUUCUUCUGCCUGACCAGCUUCAUCGUCACGCUCAUCAUGUCGUCCCUCUACCGCACCCUCGCCUGCGUCACCCGAACAUCGCACCAGGCGAUGGUCCCAAGUGCCAUACUCAGCAUCGGACUCAUGGUGUACACAGGCUUCACUAUCCCAACAAUGUACAUGCGCGGUUGGUCACGCUGGAUGAACUACAUCAACCCUCUUGCUUAUGGGUUUGAGGCUCUAAUGGCAAAUGAGUUUCACGACAGGGAGUUUCCUUGCGAGGGUAUCAUCCCUCACGGAACUGGGUACGAUAUCCUCCCUAGCGACUCCACGGUUUGUCCAGUCGUUGGCGCCUUGCCAGGCAGUGCCACGGUGCAAGGUGACAGGUACAUCAACAUGGCAUUUGCUUACUAUCAUGGGAACAAGUGGAGAAAUGUCGGUAUCCUUAUCGCAUUUCUCAUAUUCUUUCUGAGCGCCUACACCACGGCCGCUGAGUUCGCCAAGCCGCCGAAAAGCAAGGGUGAGGUGUUGGUGUUCCCGAAGGGCAAGCUUCCGUCAGAAUCGACCAAAACGGCUGCAGGUGACCUUGAAGAACAACCUAUUGGCCGGACAGCUAUUUCGCAAAAACCCGCUAGCGAUCGCUCGGCUCCAACCCUAGUGACCGGGACGGCUGUGUUUCAUUGGGAGAAUUUGUCGUACGACAUCAAGAUCAAGGGUGAAGACCGGCGGAUUCUUGAUCAGGUUGACGGCUGGGUGAAGCCCGGCACGUCUACAGCGCUCAUGGGCGUUUCUGGUGCCGGUAAAACCACCCUUCUCGACGUCCUCGCCACCCGGGUUACGAUGGGCAUCGUCACCGGCGAUACCCUCAUCAACGGCAUGCCGACGGACUCCUCUUUUCAACACCGCGUGGGCUACGUGCAGCAGCAAGACCUACAUCUCAGCACCGCCACUGUCCGCGAGGCUCUCUCUUUUAGCGCUAUUCUUCGCCAGUCUGCCGAAGUUUCUCACUCUGAGAAGCUCGCCUACGUCGACCAAGUCAUUGAUAUGCUCGACAUGCAGGCAUUUGCCGAUGCCGUUAUUGGCGUGCCGGGCGAGGGCCUCAAUGUUGAACAGCGGAAACGACUCACUAUUGGUGUGGAACUCGCAGCGAGACCGCAACUGCUCUUAUUCCUCGACGAGCCGACUUCAGGCUUGGAUUCGCAGACUUCAUGGUCAAUUAUUGAGCUGAUCAAGAAGUUGACGAGAAGUGGACAGGCUGUUUUGUGCACCAUCCAUCAGCCAUCGGCUAUUCUAUUUGGUGAAUUCGAUCGCCUGUUAUUGCUUGCGCCAGGAGGCAAGACGGUAUAUUUUGGAGAGCUCGGAGAUUCGUCCAAGACCCUCAUAGAGUACAUGGAGCGAGGUGGUGCCCCGAAGUGUCCUGCUGAGGCAAACCCAGCUGAAUGGAUGCUCAACGUGAUAAAGCCUUCGACGAAGGACAGCUCCCCUAUCGACUGGUAUCGAACCUGGCGAGCUUCUCCCGAGUUUGAAGCCGUCAAGCGUGAGCUGGACCGGCUUCGUGCUCUUGAGAUAACCGUGCCGACUCCUAACGAAGACCAUGAGUCCCAAUAUCGGGAAUUCGUCACAUCAUUCCAGACGCAAUUCUGGCAAGUUUUUGUCCGAACUCAUCGACACUUCUGGCGGUCACCCACUUAUAUCUGGUCCAAAAUACUGAUGAUAUCUAUUUCGUCCAUAUACCUCGGGUUCAGCUUCAGGGCAGCCAACACGAUGCAAGGCCUGCAGAAUCAACUUUUUGCAAUUUUCAUGUUUCUUGUUCUUUUUGGAAAUCUCAAUGAGCAGAUAAUGCCCAUGUUUGUACCACAACGUGAUCUCUUCGAGAUUCGAGAGCGGCCAUCAAAGAUUUACCGCUGGAAUAAGGCCGCUUGGAACACGCUUAUGGCUGUCAUUAUUUUCGUCUGUUGGUAUUAUCCGGUCGGAUUUGUCAUGAACACCUCGCCGGGGGACGAACACUCCCGUGGCCUCCUCGUGUUCUUCUUCCUCUGGAUGUUUAUGCUGUUCACCAGCACUUUCUCGCACUUUUCAAUUACGUGGAUCCCCACUGCCGAUACUGCUGGUGUAUUCGCGAGCCUACUAUGGAUGCUCUGCCUCUGUUUCUGCGGUGUGGGCGUUGCUAAAGCGGACCUUCCCAGUUUCUGGACCUUCAUGUACUAUAUAUCUCCCGGAACCUACCUCGUCGGCGGCGUCAUGUCCUCUGCCAUCGCCAACGCAGAGGUUACCUGCGCGGCAAGCGAGAUCCUGCGCCUUGCACCACCAAGCGGGAUGGACUGCCUUGAGUUUCUCGGUCCCUUUGCUGCGGCUGCGGGCGGAAACCUUUUGACACCUAAUGCGACGGAAACGUGUCUCUACUGUUCCAUCUCGAACACGAAUCAAUUCUUGGCGCGGUACAGUAUCAAGUACGCCACCAGAUGGCGAGACUUUGGCGUCUUGUGGGCCUAUGUCUUGUUCAAUGUCGGCGCUGCGUUGGGUCUAUACUGGUCGUUUAGAAUGUCGAAGGGCAAGGGCACGAAAAGGGGUUAG